AUGACUGUGACACAGGAUACCACCGAACAAAAUGGUGAAGAUGUCAAGCUUCGACUGGAUAGGUGGAGUAAGAGGUUAGGCGCUUUGCCCAGUUUGGCAUUGCCAACGGACUAUCCCAGACCAACUCCCGCUAAAUUGGUAGAAGCUACCCAAACCUUGCCUAUUCCAUCUAAUCUCGCUCCUAUACUUGGUAAACUCACAUACGAAUUCUCUACCUUAUUCCCAUCUUCCCCUCUUCCGACACCAUACCAUAUCCUCUUAACCUCUUUCGCCGUCUUGUUAUUCAGAUAUACACCAGACCCAUCAAUGGUCAUCUGUACUUCUGUACAAGGGACUUCUCAACCCAUAUUACUCAAAUUGGACAUAGCGGUAGAAAUGACAUUCUUUGAUGUCCUUCGACAAAUUAUUGAACGCGAACAAGAAGCCACAGAUGAUGCUAUAUCCAUCAAUUCAUUAGUUGAUCAUCUCAAACCCGAAGGACCUUUGUUUAGAGUUAGAUUCUUUGAUUCAACUCAAGUCCAGUCUGAUCCCUCAACAUCUUUAACAACGGAUUUAACUUUAUUCCUUCUUACUGCUCCUUCAGAUAUACCAGCAACUAGAACGUCGAUUCCUCCGUUAUAUUUACGGUUAGCUUAUAACUCAUUGUUGUUCAACCAAAGUCGAAUCACAGCUUUAUUGGAAUCUUUACUUCAACUUUUAUCUUCCGCUGCUUCUCGUGAUCCAUCCCAUCCUAUUGGUUCGUUACCCAUCAGGACAGCAACUCAAACUUCAGCCUUGCCUGAUCCAACAGCAGACUUAGAUUGGUGUGGAUUCGUAGGAGCAAUCCCAGAUAUCUUCUCUGCAAACGCCAAAGCUCAUCCAGAGAGAAUAUGUGUGGUGCAAAGCGAGCUUGCUGAAGGACAAACUAUGAUGGACGGACCAAGUAGAGGGCGAAGAAUCUUCACUUAUCAACAAAUCGACGAGGCCAGUAAUGUCGUAGCUCAUGCUUUGUUGAAAAAUGGAUUGGAGAGAGGUGAAGUCGUAAUGGUUUACGCAGCUAGAAGUGUAGAGAUGGUAGUUUGCGUCAUGGGUAUCUUGAAAGCUGGUGGCGUAUUUUCCGUUGUCGAUCCUGCAUAUCCACCCUCUCGACAAAAUGUCUAUCUUUCAGUAUCUACUCCUCGAGCUUUACUUGUGAUAUCAAGUGCUGGUGUCCUUGCACCACUGGUCUCGGAUUACAUCAAAGAGAACUUGAACCUUCGUCUUUUCGUACCGGCUAUCGCUCUUACGGGGAAUGGAGUCACUGGUUCACGACAAGGAGAGGAAGAUAUACUUUCACCUUACCAACAACUCGCGCAAACUCCCGCUGGAGUCGUUCUUGGUCCCGAUUCUCCCGCCACACUCUCUUUUACUUCUGGAAGUACUGGUAUUCCCAAGGGUGUCAAAGGUAGACACUACAGUUUAACUCACUUCUUCCCAUGGAUGGGUAAGAGGUUCGGUCUGAACGAAACUUCCAAAUAUACAAUGUUGAGUGGAAUUGCCCAUGACCCCAUUCAAAGAGAUAUGUUCACACCUCUUUUCUUGGGUGCUCAACUGCACGUCCCUACAGCGGAUGACAUUGGUACUCCCGGUCGAUUAGCUGAAUGGAUGGCUGAUAGUGAAGUCACCGUUACUCACUUGACUCCUGCGAUGGGUCAGUUACUUUCUGCUCAAGCAACUCGACAGAUCCCCACUCUUAGAAAUGCCUUCUUCGUUGGAGACGUCCUCACCAAGAGAGACUGCACACGUCUUCAAGCUCUCGCUAAAAACGUCUGCAUCAUCAAUAUGUAUGGAACUACUGAAACUCAAAGAGCCGUAUCAUACUUUGCUAUCCCUAGUGUCAACGAAGAUAUGUCCUUUUUAUCCACUCAGAAGGAUCUCAUUCCUGCUGGUCAAGGUAUGAUUGAUGUCCAAUUACUCGUCGUUAAUCGAACCGAUAGAAAUAUCCCUUGUGCCGUUGGUGAAAUGGGAGAAAUAUACGUUAGAUCCGGUGGUCUCGCUGAAGGUUAUCUAGACCCUGCUGCUACAGCUGAGAAAUUUGUUCCUAAUUGGUUUGGAGAAGGUGUUCCAAGGGAAGAUACCUUAGCAAAGACUAAUCCUGAAGCGGCUAAACACUGGUUUGGCAUCAGAGAUAGGAUGUAUAGAUCAGGUGAUUUGGGUCGAUACCUUCCCGAUGGACGAGUCGAAUGUACUGGUCGAGCAGAUGAUCAAAUCAAGAUUCGAGGAUUCAGAAUCGAACUUGGAGAAAUCGAUACUCACUUAUCUCGACAUCCUUUAGUACGAGAAAAUGUCACUCUUGUUCGAAGAGAUAAAGACGAAGAGAAAGUACUCGUAUCCUAUUUCGUUCCCAUAGAUGGAGAUGAGUUGGACGGUCUGAUGAGUUCUUCAGAAGCAGGAGAUCAAGAUGGUGCUCAAGACUUGAACACCGAAAUGAUUCAAGGAGUCAGAAGAUAUAGAAGGUUGAUAAAGGAUAUACGUGAAUACCUCAAGAAGAAAUUACCCUCAUAUUCUAUUCCAGCGGUUUACUUCCCUCUCAGAAAACUCCCUCUUAACCCCAACGGUAAAAUAGAUAAACCAGCACUUCCAUUCCCAGAUACAUCUCUCCUCGCUCCUGCACCAGCUGCCAACACCGAUCUUACACCUACUCAGAAGACAAUUCACGAUAUUUGGCUUAAACUUCUUCCGUCACCGCCACCACAAGUUGCUCUCGACGAAAACUUCUUCGAUAUGGGUGGUCACUCAAUCUUGGCCACCAGACUGAUCUUUGAAAUCAGAAAGGCAUUCGUUGUCAAUGCUCCUUUAGGUCUUGUUUUCGAUAAACCCACUAUCGCCGGUCAAGCGGCUGAAAUCGAUACACUCCGAAAUGCCGAUUUGGGAGGUGCCGAAAGCGACAACAAGGAUGUUACACCCGAAGUCAACUAUGCUGCCGAUAUUGAUGUAUUGGUCAAAGAACUUCCAGCUAAAUUCGACGCCUUACCGGCAGAAUACAAGACCAAGAAAAUCACAGUCUUCCUCACUGGUGCUACUGGUUAUUUGGGAGCAUUUAUUCUCAAGGAUUUACUUUCCAGAAGAGUAGCCAAAGUGAUCUGUCUCGUAAGAGCCAAAUCGUCCGAUCAAGGAUUACAGAGAUUAAGGGACAGUGGUGAAGGUCGAGGCGUAUGGGAUGAAUCGUGGGUCACAGAAGGGAAAGUAGAAGCUUUAGUUGGUGAUCUAUCUGAAGACAAAUUUGGUUUAUCAACUUCCGAUUGGGAAAGAAUCGCAGCUGAAUCAGACGCCGUUUUACAUAAUGGCGCAAUCGUUCACUGGGUAUAUCCAUAUCCUAAACUUCGAUCAGCAAAUGUCAUAUCAACAUUAACAGCCUUACAACUUUGUGCCACAACCAAACCUAAACAGUUCAGUUUCAUAUCUUCAACUGCUGUAAUGGACAAUGAAGCUUUCGUCAGGAAAGCGGACAAUUUGGUAUCUUCAGGUGGUCAAGGUAUUUUGGAAUCAGAUGAUUUGGGAGAUGGCACAACUGGACUGGAAGGUGGUUACGGUCAGACUAAAUGGGUUUGUGAAAAGAUUAUAAUGGAAGCUGCUAAAAGAGGUCUGAGUGGUUGGACAGUAAGACCAGGUUAUAUCUUGGGUGAUUCCAAGACUGCCGUCACAAAUACCGAUGAUUUCAUCUGGCGAAUGGUUAAAGGAUGUCUCCAACUUGGACUGAUCCCCGAUAUCAACAAUACCUUGAACGUCUGUCCAGUAGAUCACGUAGCUUUAUUAGCAUCAUUAUCAACAUUAUCUUCAUCCCCUAAAUCAUCAUUUGCAAUAGCACAAGUAACUGGACAUCCCAAAAUCAGGUUUAAUGAUUUACUUAGCGCUUUGGCCGUAUAUGGAUAUCAAGUUAAACAAGUUGAAUAUGUGUUAUGGAGAACUAAAUUAGAACAACACGUAUUAGAAACUCAAGAUAAUGCUUUAUUCCCUCUAUUGCAUUUCGUACUUGAUGAUUUACCGACUUCGACCAAAUCAGCUGAAAUGGAUGAUGAAAAUGCCAAGACAUUAGCUAAAUCAGGAAAUGAAAGUGAAACUUCUGGUGUGACUGAAGAAAGAAUUGGAUUAUAUCUAUCUUGGUUAAUUAGAGCUGGUUUCUUGGAUUCUCCAACUGGGAAAGGUAUCAAAGAAUUACCUGAGAUUGAAGGUCAAAUUAUGAAAGCUAUUGGUAGAACUACUGCUGGUAAAUAA